GUAGGAUUUGAGACUAGGCGAGUCGCUCACAAUGCAGCUCGCGAACGCUGCUUUUUCGGCAACGAGCCGUGCUCCCACGUCAUGCAGCGCGCUACCCCGGUCGUCCGCACCCUUGCGCCAUGCGGUCUUGCCACAUCAAAACUUGGUUGCCGAAACUGGACGAUUGCAGCCUAAACAUCGCAGCUUGAAGCCGGAAGCGACGAAAACGCCGUACCCACCACCCAGUCGCGUAAUCCAGACGGAUGCACCGACUGAUGUGGAGUAUGACGCGGUCAUCGUCGGUGGCGGUAUGGGUGGCCUUGCCACGGCUGCUCAGCUAGUGGCCAAGGGCGCCAAAGUGGUGGUGUUGGAGAAGUACUUGCUUCCAGGCGGCAGCGCGGCGCACUUCAAGCGCGCGGGCUUCACCUUUGAUGUGGGCUCGUCCAUGAUGUUUGGCAUGGGCCAGGAGGGCACCACCAACCUCAUCACCAAGUGCCUCCAGGCGGUGGGGCGCCAGCUGCCCACCGUGCCCGACCCCACACAGGUGGUCUACCACCUGCCCAAGUCGGAGCGCUUCCCGCAGGGUUUGCACGUGUCCGUGUGGCGCCGCUACGAGGCCUUCCUGACCGAGCUGGGGGAGCGCUUCCCGCACGAGCGAGCAGGCAUCAGGGCCUUCUACGACGAGUGCUGGAAGGUGUUCAACAGCCUGAACGUGCUGGAGCUCAAGUCGCUGGAGGAGCCGCGGUACCUGCUGGGGCAGUUCGCGGUGCAGCCGCUGGCGUGCCUCACGCUGGCGAGCAUGGUGGCGGCCAACACGGGGGAGGUGGCCAGGAGGCACAUCAAGGAUCCGGAGCUGCUUCGCUUCAUUGACAUCGAGUGCUUCAUCUGGUCCACCGUCUCCGCCGACCUCACCCCCAUGAUCAACUCCGGCAUGGUGUUUUGCGACCGCCACUUUGGAGGCAUCAACUACCCGGUCGGGGGCGUGGGGCGCAUUGGGGAGGAGCUGGCGGAAGGUAUCAUUGAGCACGGCGGGCACGUGGCGUACAAGGCCCACGUGAAGGAGAUCCUGCUGGCGGAGGAGGCGGCGGGUGGGGGGGAGCAGCGGCAGCAGCGCGCGGUGGGGGUGAGGCUGGCGGACGGGAGGGUGUUCAGGGGCAAGACGGUCAUCAGCAACGCCACCCGGUGGGACACGUUUGAGGGGCUGAUCGGGGAGGACAAGCUGCCCACCUCGGAGAAGCUGUUCAGGCAGCGCUACAAGAAGUCGCCCUCCUUCUUCUCGCUGCACAUGGGCGUGCGGGCGGAGGUGCUGCGCGGCCUCAGCGACUGCCACCACAUACUGCUGGAGGACUGGGGAAAGAUGGAGGACGCAAGGGGUGUUGUCUUCCUGUCCCUGCCCUCCCUGCUGGACCCCUCCCUGGCGCCCCCGGGGUACCAUGUCGUACACGCCUUCACACCCGACUGGAUAGAUAACUGGCAGGACCUGUCCCCGUCCGAGUACGAGGCGGCCAAGGAGGCGGUUUCGGAUCAGCUGUGUGAGCGGCUGGAGGCGGUGCUUCCGGGGCUGAGGGAGGGCAUCGUGUUUCGGGAGGCCGGCACCCCCCGCACCCACCGCCGCUACCUGAGCCGCGUGGACGGCUCCUACGGCCCCAUCCCCUCCCGCCGGCCGCUGGGGAUGCUGUCCAUGCCGCUCAACACCACAGACAUCCGCGGACUGUACUGCGUGGGGGACUCGACAUUCCCCGGGCAGGGGGUCAACGCAGUAGUGUUCUCCGGGUUCGGGUGCGCGCACCGCGUGCUGUGCGACCUGGGCCGCGAGCCCACCUGGCCGCUGCUGGACCAGGCGUACGGCAGGCUGCUGGCGGCAGUACGGAAUGCGUCAUGAGAGAUGAGGAGGGGGGCAGGGGAAGGGGAAGGAGGGUAGGGAAGAAGGGUCGAGGUCGGUGGGGUCGGUAGGGUGGAGUGGUCCGCGACCGUUCGGUGGGUGAUCCAUAAAUUUGGGAGCUGAUUUGUGGGACUUGGGGUAGGGGUAGGAAAGGAGGUACAUGAGAAGGGCAGAGUGGGUGGGGCUUGGGAGAGGAACGGCUACUCCAGCAGGGUAGCAUAGUGAGUGCGCAAUGGUGAGCGGCUGCUACCGUAUCCUUGUUGCCUGCGUACCGAGAGACACUGACAACGCAAAUGCAUAUAGUGCAAAACACCUGCUGCUCGUCGGCAGCUCUAUGGUUCGACGCAAUACCGCAUUCAUGCGCUACUUUAGGGCCUGUCUGUUGGGGCGGGGAGAAACCAGCCCCCAGCAUGUAUGGUUGGGUGUACGCCAAGCGUGGAUCAGGGGGUUCACCCUCGGACAGCUCUCAUGCUGCUCGUGAGCCGGCGAUGGGCAGGUUCUAUGAGCUCGUGUGCCCCGCGUGGUGAAAUCGUGUGCCCCUUGGCGUGAGCUCUGUGUUUACAUGCAAGUGCAAGCCGCCUGGCGGAGGAGUGAGGACUGCACUGGCGGCUGCUUGGGGGGCAGGAGGGCGGUCUUACAUUCGGUGUGGUGAUGGAAGCGGAUGAGGGAUGUCGAAACUGCUUGCGCAGUGGACGAUGCGAAGUGAUACCUGAAAUGUUACACCUCGAAUAAGCUUUUGGGAAGUGGAGGCACGCUGACAGGAUGUGCUUGGGAAGGUCUGGCUAUUGGUGUUUGCACACGCACUGCAUUUGGCAGCCGUACACGAGUGCGCGAUACCGCCAGACAUGAGCAGGUAUGGAUUGCAACGAGAAUCCGGGGCGUUUCUCGAUUAGGCCUGACGCUGUACGAGUUGACGGGUG